CUUCGCCUGUUAGUUAGCUCAGCUUCUGUGAUGUGUAAAAGCUUACAGGAAACCCAUUAGACAAACACCAGGUGCUCCUAGAGCUAUCUUGAAAUAUAAUCUUUGAGAGAAGAAAAGAAUUAGAAUUUAGAAUGAGUUUCAGAUUGUGAUAACAUCAAAGAUACAAAAGACGAUUGUGAAUGAAAGAUUGUAAAGGGAUCAAUAUAGAAGAAAGAAAGAAAGAAAGAAAGAAAGAAAGAAAGAAAGAAAGAAAGAGAGAGGAAAGAAAGAAAGAAAGAAAGAAAGAAAGAAAGAAAGAAAGAAAGAAAAAGAAAGAAAUGAAAGAGAAAGAAAGAAGGAAAGAAAGGAAGGAAGAAAGAGGGAGAGAAAGAAUGAAAAAAAAGAAGGAAAGAAGCUUCAAUUUUCAAAAGAAAGCUUUUCAAGACAGAUGAUUCUUGGCAGAAUCUUGGCAGAGAUUAUCUCUGGAUAGAGCAAAAUGAAUUAUCAAAUGUCGACUCCAUACUAUGACAUUGAUUACGGGACGUCGGAGCCCUGUCAGAAGGCCAACGUGAGACUGAUCGCCGCCGGGCUCCUGCCCCCGCUCUACUCGCUGGUGUUCAUCUUCGGCUUUGUGGGCAACAUGCUGGUCGUCCUCAUCCUCAUCAACUGCAAAAGGCUGAAGAGCAUGACUGACAUCUAUCUGCUCAAUUUGGCCAUCUCCGACCUGCUCUUCCUUCUCACCAUCCCGUUCUGGGCCCACUACGCCGCAGACCAGUGGGUCUUUGGAAAUAGGAUGUGUCAGCUUUUGACGGGGCUCUAUUACGUAGGCUUCUUCACCGGCAUCUUCUUCAUCAUCCUCCUGACCAUCGACAGGUACCUGGCGAUCGUCCACGCCGUGUUCGCCGUAAAGGCCAGGACGGUCACCUUUGGGGUGGUGACAAGUGGGGUCACCUGGGUGGUGGCCGUGUUUGCCUCUCUCCCUGGGAUCGUCUUCACCAGAUCCCAAAAAGAGGGGUCUCGCUUUACUUGCAGCCCCCAUUUCCCACCCACGCAGUACCGUUUCUGGAAGAACUUCCUGACGUUGAAGAUGAGCGUCUUGGGGCUGGUCCUGCCCCUGCUUGUCAUGGUCGUCUGCUACUCGGCCAUCCUCAAGACCCUGCUCCGGUGCCGAAAUGAGAAGAAGAGGCACAAGGCCGUGAGGCUCAUUUUCGUGAUCAUGAUCGUGUACUUUCUCUUCUGGGCUCCCUACAACAUUGUGCUUCUCCUGAGCACCUUCCAGGAGUCCUUCGGUCUGAAUAAUUGUAGCAGCUCCAACAGGCUGGACCAAGCCAUGCAGGUGACGGAGACGCUUGGCAUGACGCACUGUUGCAUCAACCCCAUCAUCUAUGCCUUCGUCGGGGAGAAGUUCAGAAACUACCUCUUGGAGUUUUUCCGGAAGCACAUCGUCAGACGCUUCUGCAAACGCUGCUCCGUCUUCCUGGGAGAUGUCUCUGACAGGGCAAGCUCGGUUUACACUCGAUCCACCGGGGAGCAGGAAAUCUCUGUCGGCUUGUGACCUGGAUCAGGUCGUUGUACACAGCCUGGGGGUGGGAGUGGUUCUUUAAAAGGAAGUCACUGUCCUAGCGGGUCUAAGAUUCAUCCAUCCAUCUGGCCUCUCUUCUAAAUACAUUUGAUCAUUAGAGGCUGUCACUUCCGGAGAGCAAAAUCCAUAUACGCCGAUGACACAGCAACCUCCUCAUCUCUGCUCCACAUACAUCAACUUAUUGGCACAUUCUCCCUUCGCUGCAGAAGUUCAUUAUUUAAAAAAAAAAUCCUCAGAGAACUGCUGAUUCUUGAGUUUGGUUAACCUGAACAGGAAUACCAAAAUGAAUCAAGAAACAUAUUGUAUAGUUUCUGACCUGCUGGGGGAAACAGGGGCAGGUUGCAAAUGUGCUUAAAGCAAGUCCUUGUCGCGAUCGGUUAAGAAACGAUGUCUUCCAAGUGUGAUCUGCCCUCCAAGGCAUGGUUGGUAAGUUUCACAGAUGUUCAGGACCAGGGGAGAACUGGGAGAGCUUCUUCAGUGAGAGGGAGAUCCUCUGCUGGGAGAGGGUGGGGAAGAAGCCCCAAGCUGCAUACCCCACACCUGAGGGUGGCUCGGCGGCUGUGGGAGGACUGGCACUGGCUCGGGAAGGCAAGGCGAGCCCGGACCACGGGGAGGAAAGGUGAGCCCGGACCCUGGGAAGCGUGCACAGCACCACUUGUCAAAGCCAGAUCAGGGAAUGCCCCGGUCGCUGUUGCAGUGAGCUCAUUGCAUGGCCAAAGGAUGCCCUGGUAAGGUGAGCAUUUAGGGCAGGGAGGCCAACAACAUGCAGGCGAGGUGAGGGGGCUUCCGUGUAGGUCCAGGCACCAGGGAUGGGAAGAGGAAAGUAUUUUCACAGCGUGUAGGAUGAGAGUCAGCAGAACUUGGGAUGGAUUUGGGUUGGAGGUAAGGGGCAGAGGGGAGACAGACAGAACUUGCAGGCAUCAAGCAUGCACACUGGAGAUGCCCUAAGGAAGACUUCAAGCAUGGAAAGAAGAUGAGGUUCAGGUCAAAAGCAGGAGGGGCUGGUGGAAGAGGAAGGGUCUGGUUUUGUGAGCUUACACAUAGCCCUCUGGAGACAGAACCUGGGCUGGCUCUCCGCGGCUGCCCGUGCCCUGGGAGCUGUCCUUCCCAGCCCGGCUCCAACGAUGGGGUAUCUCCACGAGGUUUGGAAACACUAGAGAUAUGAACGUGUGAGUUUGAGGUCCAGGAACACAUCCAGGUGAGGACUAAUUCCAUAGUUAAUGAACCUCCAGAGCUUUCUAAGCAUUGAGCUAAGACACCCUGGGUAGGGGCAGGGAGGGAAGCCUGAAUGAGUACAGUUCUGCCCUCCUGGCGUACACCGCUGCCUAAACAUUAUCUUCUGGAUUCAACUCUCUGUGGGCACAGGGCAGAAGGCAGAAGGGACAGACUCAUUUGGAAACAGGCCGCCUCCAGCUUGAUCAGCCACAAAAAGCACAGUUUACAGACCUUUGUGUUUCAGGCUGAGUGUGUUAGCUCUGGACGCUCCUUCCCGCCGCCGUCUCCAGACACACCGUCCCCGACACCAAGGGGUCUUUUCAUGUCAAAGAGAGAGUCAUGACCUCGUGUUCUGCGGUGGCUACUUUCAUGAUCUUUUACCUGCCUGAGAUGGUUUUGAAUCUGGGGAAGAGCUGAGACCAUUUGGGAGAGAUCAGGUGAUGGAACAUAAAGGAGUGAGAGUCGCUCAAGAGGUUAAGGUGUCAGGAUAGUAAGAGGUACUACGGAUUUUUCUCAAGCUCUGAAAGAUGAAACUUGAGAGCAUGGGUGGCAACGGGAAGCACCCAGAGAUGCUCUGAAGGUUGUUUCAGGGGCAUCAGUAUCUUGUGACCCUAGCGUCUGGGUCAACUUAAAGACUUUCUGGUAUCUUUGUGUAUGUGUGUGUGUGUGUAUAUAUAUAUAUAUCCUAUAUAUGUGAGAAUCUUAGGUCUAUGGAAAGUUACAAAUUGCUUGGGAGAAAAUCCUUAAUAAAAACCACUCUUUAAAAUAAUUGAUCAUAUUCUUGUUCUUUCAGUCAACUGUCCAUUUAGAAACUAGCAUACAAAAGUGUGAAAGCACUUUGUAAGUAGCUGGUUUUGGAAAAUUCCAUACGUACACACACACACACACACACACAGUGAAUUACACUUCUUUUUAAAUAUCUGUAAAAGUUGCCCCUCUCCCUGGGUCAAAUUGCCAGAAUAAUAUUUUUGAAGAGGCUGUCUCUCAGGACAGCAUUUCUGAGCAAUGGACACUGGACCCUUUUAAAUUUCUAGUUUAGUUCUAUUACCAGAGCCAAAUGGCUGACACGUUUUUAAAACACAGAAAAACCAAUGUGUGUUUAAGCCCAUGUCAGCUGUCUGUGUUUGCCAGUGAAGAAACCCUAAGGUCACAGCUGGUCCUUUCUGCCAUCCUAAGAUGCAGACACAUGAUGCAUGAGGACGGCUUUUCAUGAGGUUGCUUUUCUUUUGUUUCCAAUUUCCAAACACUUGGCUGUAAUCGCAGUGGUGACAAUGGUUGUGUCAUUGACUUUUGGAUUUCUGAGCACGUGUCUCUUAUCCCCAGAGAAGACAGGUGCUCCAGGAAGAGGUGAUGGGUCCAGGUCACAUCCACGGUUUGGGGCCAGCUGGUUUUCAGGCUCUCUCCUUCCGGAGCAGGUCACCGUCCUACCUGGAGGUCGGUGGAAUGAGUGGAAGACAAGGACAGCCGGGGCUGGCUCGUGGGACAGCUAUUCCCAAACAACCUGAAGGACUGCCUUCUACCCGUGAGUCAAAGGAAGGCACGACCCAAGGAAGGGCAGAAGGGGGCUGAGUCUAAGUAGAGGGAGUGUCCAGAGAACCCUCCCAUCAUCCCCACACUCCUCACUUUGUGGGACCCUCCACUGCCCAGCCCCCUUCUCCCCCAGCCCCGAGACGGACAAAACAAGUUUGGAGUCAUCGUGACUUUCAGGUUCUGACUCCACUCACCAUGUCCUGGGCGAAGGUACCCUAACCCCCAGCCCGGAGGCCUUUGUCCUAGAAAGGGUUACAUAUGCACCAUGGAUAAAGUCAAAGUAAAGUGAACGUCCUCAGCAGAGAGGGAAAAUGUGCAAAUUCGUUAGUUAGGAUUCCGCUCACACUUGUAUUCCAAGGUUCUAGUUUCAACACCUGCAACAUUAGGGGUGCCUGGGUGGCUCAGUCAGUUAAGCAUCUGCCUUCAGCUCAGGUCAUGAUCCCAGGGUCCUGGGAUCGAGUUCUGCAUCUGGCUUCCUGCUCGGUGGGAAGCCUGCUUCUCUCUCUGCCUGCCACUCCCCCUGCUUGUGUUCUCUCUCUCUGAGAAAUAAAUAAAUAAAAUUUUUAAGAAAGGAAAAGUAAAUAAAAAAAUAAACACCUGCAACGCAAGUAAAGUGCAUUGGCCUCGCCACUGUUACGAUGAAAUCAAGGUACUUUUCUGUAUGUGGUGCCGUAUUUUCUAUUUGCCUUCAGUCUUUUCUAGAAGCAUUUUUACAAGUCUUACUUUUAUUUGGCUCCAUAUUGUUACUACUUUAGUUUUAUUAUAAGUUCUGUGCCACUGUGGUUGUGUCAUGUGUCAGGAGCUUGGUUUUGUUUCUUUUUCUUAGGGUGGUAUCCAGUUUUUUAAACACUUUAAAAAGUCUUUUCAAGCUGGAAUCCAAUGGACAGGCUUUCGGAGCCUGUAAGAACCUUGGGCAACACUGCCCCCCUGUGGCCAUUUUGGUAACCAACAAGGGCGUCCCGCAGCCCAGCCGGGACCGCGGAGCCUGGAGCCCGGGGAAGUUUUACUUUGGGCUGCUUCGUGUUUGCCUCUGCUGGCAUCAUUCCUGUCGUGGACAAGAGGUAUUUCCACAGCAGCGCAGGGUAGAUAAUGCUCGGCUCUUUCUGUUUCUGAGGACCAAGAGAGCGCCAUCGGAGGACGCGGGUUGAUGCCUGCAGUGGAAAUGAAGGUCCUAGUGGCCCAGAGCCAAUCUCUGCAGAUCACUGAACCCACAGCCUUGCAACAAGGCCACAAAAUGUUCUGUGACAAAGUGUUUUUCACAGUCCAUAAAAAAGCCACAAGCCCC